AGGGUGGUUUUUCCAUGCAGCCCGUCCUGUCGGCGCUGCUAAAUGACUUAAAUUUUUUAUCAAUUGGAAUGACGACAGCUGCGUCGUCAGCUACUCCUACUUCCUCAGGUAGGUGUGGAUAACCUUGACAAAUCCGCGCCCUAUUUCCCUCCUCCACCCUCCCUCCCGUUUGGAGAUGCUUUAAAGUCUCCUACAAAGUGAAAAUGAGUGGCAGCUGAUGCUUUGCGUUUGUUGUUGUUAAUAAGCAGCAGCGCUUCGUGCGUCACGGUGCGUCCCGGACUCUCCUCCCUGCAUGUCAAUCGCGACCAGAGGAGCAUGUGAUCCUCCGUCCUCCAGUGUCCUGAGAGCGCACAGCCUGUGCCACAACGACUCACAAGUGCUGCCCCACGGAUAUACUCAUGCCUCUCAACAAAUUGUCUUUACAAUACAUCCUGGAUACAGUCAAUCUGUGAGAGACGAGGAGAGAAAUAUAUUUUUCUUCAAACAUUGCUCCACUCUUUCAGAGAAGAAGAGCAGCGCGGUAAGUGCUGUUAACUGAAAUUUUAAAGAUAGCCUAUGGACAGUUUGUCUCUGCAGAAAGUUCACUGGUAGCUAGAAACAGCAGCUUAUAUUGAUUUUUCCUAUAUAUGUUUGAUUUAUUUAUCUAAUCCAGGGUAGAUUUGAGCAAUUAUUUAAUCUAGCAGAAUGUAGACCUAGACAGAAAUGUGUUUUAGUUUGUAGAGAGGUCAGAAAAUAAUCGUGUGUGACCUUGGUUGUGUUUAAAAGUCGUUGCAUCCCUCAGAUGAGCAAUAAAACAAGAGAUGAGGGCACAUGUAGGACUGUAAGCAUCAGUGCCAGAUGUGUGUCCUGGUGCUCACAGUGACUGAUAAAACUCUUAUUUAUGAAGACAAAAUACAUUUAAGAUUGUUACAACACUUAUGAGGGUUAGUUUUCAAAGUUCUGGGAUAUUUGGCCGAUUGAAUCAGAUGCGGAUUGCAAACCAGUGGUAUUGAACCUUUAAUGCUUCACACAGUGAAAGAGCAGAUUAAUGGUUUUUGGGCUCAGACUUGUCUAAGAAGCUGGUGGUAAUCUCAGGAUCAGCAAUCAAUCGAAAGAACAACUUUGGACCUUUAAACAGGUCUGAUUACACAGGCUCAUAACUCUCCAAAUCCUGUAACUUAAAGCAAGUGGAAAAAAAAUCUUGAAUUUACUUUUACACAUCAGAAUGAGACCCAGAGUAUACAACAUCUUCAUGGACACUUCAUGGACACAGGCUUGGUGAUGUCCAGGGAGCGUAAAACCAUGUGGUCACAGUUAAGGCUGAACUUGUGACCUUCUUGGUGCUGGACACUUGCCCGCUUGAUUUCAUAACAGGGAUUUCUAUGCAGCAUCCUUGCAUGACAGUAAGAAAGAGCUACAUUUAAUCUUUAAUCUUUUUUAAGAGAAAUAAGAAGAAAUAUUAUUGUUUAUUUGAUGUGUAGAGUCAUUCAAAUACUAUACUGGAAGUCCACUAUAGUAGUGAAACAUGUUUUAUUGGAGCACUGCUGGGCCCAUUAAUAAUCACUCAAAAAGAAACUUUUUGGGUUGAUCGGUUAAAAUUUUUAGGGUUUCUUGUAAGAAUCUCAUCCUCUUUUAGCCUCUCAAGGUGGAUGACCUGAAGAUUUAAGUGUUAUACGUUAUAAGAUAUCGAGGUUUUCGAUUGUUCAUCGGUCAAAAUAAGCAUAAAGAUGUCUACUUAGAAAAUCUGUGACAAACCUGACUUCAUAUUUUCAGAUCCAUGUUUGAGGAUGAACAUGAAGAACUGAUUUCUUGUAGAUUUCAUUACAGUUAAUUUAUUGUAUUUGCUUAAAUAAGCACAUCAUUAUGUCCCCAUACCUUAUAUCGCAUCCUGUUCAUAAGUUUCAGUGAUGUAGAAAUGACGUGGAAGUGAAGUAUGUAGCCACAGAAAAAUGCCCUCCAUUAACAGAACUUUUGUAAAGGCAGCAAAUAAAAUCAUGAAGACAUGUUUCCAGGUUGAACGCCUGGAGGUAAAACAUCUGUUUGGACUGGGCCUUAGAAGUGAGAUUGAACGUGAUCCUCUCAUGAUCGACACAUGAGACAAGUAACUUGGCCCCUUGCAAAGGCAUGAGUACUGUGUGCAACAGCUAGGGUCAUCUGAACUGUGUUUUUGGGGGAUUAUUGGUUGGGAGAGUCGAUGUGUUUUGAUUUGUCUGUGCUGGCUGGAUGCUGCAGACCCGGAUUGAUAUUACGUGGCUUGUGUACUGCGAGAUGGAAUUGAAUGACAAGACAGAAAAGCAGCACUGGGGGCUUUACAGUUAAUGCACACAGGAUUAUGAAGACUUGUGAAUGGCGGCUGGAUUAUUGCAUCAUAGGCUCAUCUUGACAUGCACAGAAGAGGAAAUCCAUGUUGGGACAGGGAAAAAAAUACACAAACAAGGACAGAGAGCACACAUUCAGAGCCAAAUGAAGGAAUUUCUGACAGUUUGCAGCUUUUCUUGUUGUUAAAACGGGCUCAGAGUGGAGUUUGCGCUCUUUUUGGAGAAUCUGUUGGUGGAAGCAGAGUUUGUUUCAGGCUGAUGCAAGCAGUGAGUCUUGUGACGAUGAAAGCACAUGUGCAAAACUGCUGUUGCAUCACUCUGGGGGUGCAGAAUCUUAUAUCAGCUGCAAUUCUGUUUAAAUUUUUUCUUCGUUAUAUCUUUUCCCUUUUGAAUGUGAAGUUAAACAUCUUAUAAGCUCUGCAGUCUCCACUUUCAUGGGCAGCAGAUUUGUAUAAUCGCUCAAUAAAUAAUGAGCCAACACAGAGGUUUGUGUCGUGUAUCAGGAGAAGAUAUGAUGAGCACCUCAUCCAAAGCAUCAUGUUCACUUCCUCCAUUACGUUUGGGUCGAACCAACCACUCCCUGAAAGAGGGGUGAGGAUGGACGGAUGCUGCUGCUGCUGCUGCUGCAAGGCCCCAGAGGAUUAGAGGAUUUACCAGAAAAAAAAGCUUCGCUGAAGUUAAGCUUUGCAGAACAGGGAAAUUAAAUAGAACAAUUUGCAGGAUUGAGAAUUUUUUGGGACUAAAACAUUGCGUGAGACAAAGAUAUACAGUUUCUCUUUAUAUUUUUGCUGUAAUAAUAACUGCUGAGUGUCUUUUAUUCUUUUUUAAGAGAGAGAGAGAAUGAGGUCAAAUGAACCUGCAGGUGUGAUGAAUUGCCCCCUGUCUUUAUGUUGACAUCUUUCAUGGCACUGAAGAGUCAUAACCAUGCAUUACCACUCAGUGUGCUUUAUUACAAGCUUAACCAACCACCUAACAGAGGAAUAAUUGAGUCAGCAAGUGUGUGAGGUGUUAUUUAAAGAUCACAGGAAAAGAAAACCUAUGGCUGCACAGUAAAUGAGCAUAUGAACGGGGAAGUUUGAUUACUUUUUUCCAGUUAAAGAAAAUCAUCAAAUUUAAUCAUGAUUUUGUCCUCCACCCUUCAUCUUUCUUGUGCUGCAGGCCUGAGACCUAGACCUGAACCCCUCUUCAGCAUCUACUUAAACACUAUACCUUCAUCUGUCUGUCCUUCACUCUCUGCCUGUAUCACCUCCUCUUGUCCACCCAGUCUCUGUCUCGCUCUCUCUUUUCUCUCUCUUCACCCCCACCCCCUCCCCGACCCUGAUGCCUAAGAACAGCAAGGUGACGCAGCGCGAGCAGAGCCUUGAGCACGUCACAGAGUCGGUGGCUGACCUGCUCGCACAUGAGGAGCCAGUCGACUACAAGAACAGCUCCCUGAAUGUCGGCGGGGCCGGCGGGAAGAAAGUCCCUCAGAUAGAGGUGCCUGAGAAUGACGGGCGCCCCGCAUGGAACAGCAAACUGCAGUACAUCCUGGCCCAGGUGGGCUUCUCUGUGGGCCUGGGGAACGUUUGGCGCUUCCCUUAUUUGUGCCAGAAGAAUGGAGGAGGUGAGAAAGUGACAGUGUCACAAGCUGCUGCUGUCAUUUCUAAAAUAACCCUUUGAAAUAGUGACCAAAAUGACAACAUAACCAAGAGUCACUCAUGCCAAUUGUGUGUCAGAUCCAGGAAGGGCUGAAGGAUGUUAUAACCACAUCAGGGUUGUAAAUACAAUAAAUUAUGAAACAAUUUCAGUGUUGUAGAGAAGUGCAAUGGCACAUUUGAAAAUAUUCAUGUAUAAAACAACAUAUUCAACUCAUGAUGAUGAGCAGAAAACCAAUUUUAAUGGGGCUAUUUCUAAAAAAAUACUGAAUGGAUCAAAAAUAAAAGAGAAUAUAUCAAAGUUACUUUGUCUUUUUAUGUUGAUGAGACUGGUUAUAAGUUAUAAAUAAGAAAAUGUCAGAGUUUUUAGGCAGCCUGACACAUUUAGACAACUGUUAAAUUUUGCCAUUUAAUCUAGUUUGCCUGAAUCCACAUGAAGUUGUGUGAUCAAAGAUGUUUUGAAGAUGAGCUUGUCUCACCAUCUGUGGAGCAACACAAACAAACAGAUCAUUUUAUUUCAUUACAUUGUUUCAUCACUGAUUACAGUGAUGUCCUGUACAUAAGUGCCUCCAUCAAAUGUCUCCAGGCAUUGGACACUGUCUAUCAUUGUGCACUACGUUAAGUGACUGGUUGCGGUCGCCUCACUCAUCGCUGUGAGCUGUAUGCCAAAGUUGAGUGGCCCUCCUUGAACUCCAGGAGGUACACCCAUUAGAAUGUUGUUGAUUUAUAAGUCUUUCCUUGGACUGGUCCCCUCCUAUCUCUGCAGAAAUCAAGAAGUGCCUAUGCCUUACGGUCCUGUGCAGCUUAUCAUCUAAAUGUGCCCAGAGUCCAAACUGAAUUGGGAAAACAGGCUUUUAGUUGUGCUGCCCCCACAGCCUAGAACACUAUACAAACAGAGCUGAAAAUGCCAGAACUGGUUUCAUUUAAAGACUUUUGUUCCAUUUUAUUUGUUAAGCUGCGAGAAUCCUACGAACAAUGCCUGUGUUUUUAAAUUGUAACUGUGCACAAAAUGUUUGUUGCACUUUAACUGUGAAUUUGUUGUUGGUUCCCUUAUAUCCAUUGCAUUUAUUAUGAUGUGUGCUGCUGACCUCUUGGCCAGGUCACCCUUGUAAAUGAGAUCAUGAUCUCAGUGGGUUUUUACCUGGUUAAAUAAAGGUUAAAUAAAAUAAAUUAAAUUAUGGGUAAAAACCUGCAAAAAUAGAUGUCUAACUCUGAGGUUUUUCUCUUGUUUAUGUUGCUGUAUGAAUCUCUGGUUCCCAUUAGCCUCAGGUUUGAUUUAUGUGAAGCUAAUCAUUGUCAGCUAAUUUUAGGGUGUUAUUACGCUGAACUUAGAUGGUGAACUUCUUUUGCAAUAUAAUGUCUAAUCAUAAGCACAUUAGCAUCAUAUUAAACAGCAUGGCUGCAGACUUAGUGUUUUGUAACAAUGAACUUGGACUGAAUAGAAAUUAUAGAAGCUUUUUACACAGUAACAAUAUAUCCACAAUACUAAGUAUUUUAGCCCUUAAAGUCCCUCUCAGUCUUUGGCAAUAAUUAGUUAUAUUGUGCAUUAUGCUGUCGACCCUGAUCCAAUAACAUUUGCUUAUGCAUAACAAUAAGAAAACAGCUGAAGUUAGGGUAUAGUUUUUUGUUUUUGAGCUGAUGUAGAGACAGUGAUGAACAGAAUUAUCGGCACUUGGAUAUGGAUGAUAAUGCCUCAAUAAAUCAAAGUUGACUUGCACAUAAAUGAAUCUAAGACGUGCACAGCUCCUUGUUAGUUGAACUUUAGUAAACUUAAUUAUCACAAGCUGCACAAACACUCCCACUCAGCACUGAGAAGCUCAGAGAGCAGCUGUAUUGUGCAGAAAAAGGCACAGUCUAAAAAUAGCUGCUCUAUUGAUUACUACUGCCGGCAGGGCAGGCCGGGAGAAGGGCUCGAUUUCAGAAAUGAAUGUAACUGUAUCAUGAUGAGGGUUUAUUUAGGUCUGGAGUGCAUGUAACGAGAGAAGUACGCAGUGUAAACCUGUAAAAGCCUCGUCAUUAUGGCACCAGUGAUGCUGCGUUUCACAACAUCUAAAGGUAUUGUGAUUGCUGCUUCAACGUGUGUGUCUGAUUUAUUGCACACUGCCAGGAUUUAUAACCAUCAGAGAGGAUUCACCCAUAGUAGACCACCAGGUUUCAUGACCUGGUGAGCAUCCAUUUAUCACCCUGUAAUUGUCAGUGUGGCAGCCAAUUACAGAUGCAUUAAAGCUCUGUGUUGUUUGGGAUUUAUCACUGUGUAGGCUUCUCUCGUCUGUUUUCUUUCUCUCCCUCAUCAUAUCCUCUCCCUCCUUUAUCACCUCACCCUCCAUCUUUAUGCCCAUCACUCGGCCGUACAUCAUUUCUACUGGGCUCUAGUUUAAACAUCCUGUGAUUGAAUGGAUUUGCGCUAAGCUGAUGUGAGGACCCUGGCACAGGCCCAAAGCGUCUCACUACAUUUAACCUCACUAUCCUCUCUAUUUCAGCUUUCUUGAUUUAGCCUUUUACUCUGCCUCAUUACGCCGCUCAAUAUCAAAUGUGAGCACCCCUCCAUGUAAUUCCUAUCUUGGAUAUAUUAAUAGUUUCACUUGUUUCCUCGUCAUAAGUCCAGGAUCAUGACUCACUCCUCUUUUGCACAUACAACUAAGUCGUAUCCUGAUUUUGCUCGACUGGAUUAAACGUCAGCGAGACAAAUUUAGACUGCCACCAUGAUGAAAAUGAAAUUCAAAAAAAACAUUUGUCUAUGCAGCAGGGAACCUUGCGUCUGUGAGUAUAUGUGGAUGCUGGGUGAAUCUAGCCCACUGAAUCAAUCUAUCACUGACUGUUGGGUUAAACGGCUGAAAAACUAUCAAUUUACUGUGUGAGAGCAAAAAAGAAAACAUUGAAAUGUCACUGAACUUUCUGUUCAUGAGGCUUUACAUGAGUGUGUUUUUGAGGUCAAGACCAUGUGAAUACAUUAAUGAUGAAUGUUAAAGGGAUUUUCUGGCGUAAAAUUAAUUUAAGGUAAAACACACCGUAACACUGAGUUAGACACUCCCUCGAGAGAUGAAUGUUGCCGACCGCUUGCUUCUCUAGUUAUACCAACUUUAGUAACGACCGCACAAUAGCAAUACACAGCGGUCUGAGAACAGCACCUAACUUCAUCAACAGUACAUAUAGGGUCCCAGCCACAGCACUAGCCACCAAACAUCUUUUUAACUUUGCCUCAUUUCUUUAGCAAAGAGACUAAACACAACUCACCCACUCUCUUCCAGCAGCUGCUUGUUUGUAGCGAGACCUCGGGCCAGUCCAUUACGGACUACAGCGGGGUGACACAGCUCAAGGAAGAACAUUAUUGAUCAUUCCUUUAUCAUUUCCCUGAAGUAGCAAUCACCAUAUUCAUCAUUUUGCUCUGCAGACGGGGUAGUUCUUCUGCCUUAGCGUCUCAAUCUGAUUGCAUUUCCAUGAAGAAAUGAUCAAAAAGAACCACUUUUUGUAAAACUUAGAAUAAUGCUUCCACAGAUUUGAUCUGGUUAUGAUAGAUGCCUCACUAAAAUAUAUGUCUUCAUGUUGUUUCAGGUGCAUAUCUGGUGCCCUACUUCAUCCUCCUCCUCAUCAUCGGCAUCCCGCUCUUCUUUCUGGAGCUUGCUGUGGGUCAGAAAAUCCGACGUGGGAGCAUCGGGGUCUGGAACUAUGUCUGUCCAAAUUUGGGGGGCAUUGGGAUGUCCAGUCUGAUGGUAAGGACAUGAAGAAAUAAAUAAACCUUUUUUCCCAACUCAGAGUACUUUAUCAUCCUUGUAGUCGUUAGUCUAAAUCCUACUCUUGAUGACAUUUUCCUCUGCAUCCUACAGAGCAGAUUAUGACACCCGUGAGGUCGAGAGAGAAAUUGUGAGUCCACAGAUAAGAUAUAAAGGUUGUGAGGGGAUAAAAGCUGUCAGACCUGCAGUUAAACAAAAGCACAUCUGCUGACAAUGCAUCAAUUAAAGGAUAGAAACCAGCUCUGUCUGUGUGAUUCACGGAGGUGCCUUUUUUGCAGAGGCAAACACUUUAGAGAACUAUUGAUCUUACAGAGGAGCAAACCUAAAUUUAUUCCUAAUCUGAAUGUUUAUGUUUGCCUCAUGCAUGAUUCGAGAGUGUACGAAACCCUGACUUGGCAGUCAGCUGUAUUGAGUUCAGAAGUCACCACAGCAGCCCUCACACUAUUUCAGACCCUCUCCUUUUGGAUUCUGGGAGGUAUCGACGUGUUUGAGAGUGAAAAGGUAGCCUUUCUUCCGAGUUGCACGGCUGGCGCAGAGGCAGCUAUAAAUAUCUCACACAAGAUCAGUGUUGAAAAGAGAGCACCUUAAUUAUUCAUGCUUUCCCCAACCUUAUUUAGCGCUUGAAUGUCCUGGCUGGCAAGACUGCAAAUAAGACUGACAGCAACAUGGGACAUUUACAAAGCAUGCUGCCUCAUUUGCAUAUUUUCUCCCUCUGUACAGAUGUUAUUAUGCAAUUAUGCUGAAUUUUUAAAGGUGAAAAUAUAAGACCUAAUACUAAUACAUCCUCUCUGUCUGUCUGUCUCUCUCUCUCUGUCUGUCUGUCUGUCUCUCUCUCUCUCUCUCUCUCUCUCUCUCUCUCUCUCUCUCUCUCUGUAUCUAUCUAUCUAUCUAUCUAUCUUAUAGGUGUGUGGCUUUGUGGGUCUCUACUAUAAUGUCAUCAUUGGCUGGAGCAUCUUCUAUUUCUUCCAGUCCUUUCAGUAUCCUCUUCCCUGGAGUGAAUGUCCAGUCAGGAAGAACGGGACACUGACCAGUGAGUGUCAUCUCAUUAAUACAGUCCUUAUAUAUAUGUGGUAGAUGUUUUCAAGUAACUUAAGGUACUGUGAACAUGCUAUGUGCAAGACAUAACCCUCAGCUGAUUGUGCAAGUGACAACAAGCUAACAUGACUACCAUGACAAUGCAAUGAUUUUAUCAAGCAUGCUGGCACUCAACACACGAAGCAGACAAAGCUGAUAUGAAUGUCAGCAAGUAUUUCACGAAAAAAAUGUAGAUAUAAACAUCACAGUGGUAAAUUUUUGCUGCUCCAAUUUAAAGUAUGUGAUGAUAUAGGCUAAAAAUGCAUAAAAUUACUAAUUGAAACGCACACAAAAUCAGCAGUUUUUUUACAUUAGGGAGUUAAAGUGGCUCAAAUAUCUGUAGAUACCCACAAAAUAGUUUGUCAGAUAGAUCACUAACUGAAGAACACAUUUAACUUACUGAUAAAACAGCAAAGAUGAAACAGGUUGGUAUGGUCUACCAAUUGAGCUCUCUGGCCAUACUCAGUUGAUUCAACUCAAAACCUUAAGAUCCAAGUCCACUUCCCCUCUGGUGUAUUUUCCAUGACUUUAACAUUAAUUUUUAUUAAUGACACCCUGCUCUGCUCGUCCACUAAACCUACCUCGAGUUUCUCCUCAUUUGUAAAAUAAUAAAGGCUCUUGCUAUCAACAGUUUCCCUCUCCUCUGGGUUAAGAGUCUGGGUGUCAUCCUCAACAGUACGCUAUUGUUCCAAACCCACAUCAGUAAUGAUACUCAGUCUGCAUACUUCCAUCCACACUACUAACAUUACCGCCCAUCCCUCAUACCCAAUGGUACAGCUAUUCUUGUCCACACACUAGUGCUAUCAUGCACUGACUUGUGUAACUCCCCUCUCUCUCUGGUCAUCCUCUCAAAUCCAUCCUUAAACUCUGGCCCAAAACUCUGCCGCCCGGAUCAGAAUCACUCCCUCCAUCAAUCACAUCAUUCCUGUCCUUCAGCAGCUUCACUGGCUCCAAGUCAAACAAUGCUUUGAUUUUAAGACUCUUCCCCUCACCUUUAAGGCCAUCACUGCCUCACUGAGUCCUGUGCCAGUGGACAGUCAUAGAUAAAGACCCACUCAGAUGAAAAUCAUGUUUUGCUUGUUGUCUACAUGUUCAUAUGGCAUUUUUCUGAUGCUACAGGACGUAUCAUGAGAUAAAUAAGUGUGACUCAGUGCAUUUCUGAGUAUUUCUGCAUUCAUAUCGCUAUGAAUUCCUGACAGACUCAGACAGCAGAUUCAGACAUAGUGAGAUUUCCUACAUCACAAAUCCAAUCUCUGCCCCUGGAGCCCCGCUAUGCAGGCCAGACUUAGAGAAGUAGAGGGAACAAUCGUGAAACAAGCAUGUGCGUUAGCAGAUUGCAAUGUUCGUAAGAAAGCUAAUCAUGAUGUUAGUUUUCAUUGUGUCCCUGAAGACAUCAGUGUCCGAGAGCUGAAUAGCUCCUAUGUUUACUGCUACUUCUAUUACACCGGUAAUGGUAGGCUGCAAGGUAGUGUGAAGAGGAGUGUGCAGAGCAGUGCUGUUUAGUUUGAUUUACAACAGGGAGUCACCAUGGAAGCUUUACAGGUUUUGGCUUCACUUUUGCCGAGCUUUUUGUCGCUCCAUUAGCUAAAUAGAGACUUGGCCAAAAGGUAGUUAUGAGACAGACAGACCUGUGUUUGUUUGUUUUAAAUCAACCCACUGAGUGAAAUGCCAUUACUGUAGAUUAAUGCUUUCAUCUAAUAUCAAGAGUGUGUACACAUUCGGGAUUAUGUACAGAACAAUAUCCAUUUGUGUCACUGUUGUUGUUGUUGUUGUCGUCGUUUUUUUUUUUUUUGUAGUAUGUAUAUUGUUCUCACAAUGAUUCCUCAAUGGGCUACAAUGCUAUCGGCUUUAGGAUCAAAUCUGCCCUGCAUGAGGCCCUCAGCCUCAGUCUACUAGCACACCUACAGGGAGCAACAAGACAAACCUUUUCAACUUUCUGUCAUGACUCCCCAUGCUUAAUCCAGAUUAAAAACCCCUGUAUUUGAUUAGAAGCCCUGAAAACAUGACCAAGGCACACUCAGAGCAUGUUAGUACGACUCAGCCGGGCUGCUGGCAAAGAGACAGGAGCAGAGAUUCAGACUGAAGGACACUGAUGCUGAAGGACAGCUGGAGCAGGGAGUAAAAAGAUUCACUGGAAACUUUUUAUGUGUGAUGAUUACAGCUUAAGUAAGAAGGAACCAGAAAAUGUUAAAUAAAAUAUUUCACAAAAGCUUUUUCCUAAAUACGUCAGAUUUACAUUACCAUACACCUAUAAAGAGCUCUCACUGCAACUUUAUUUAGGUUUAUGAGUAUAUAUCUUUUCUUCAAGGUAACCAGAGACUAUACUGUGAUAUCAUGGUAUAAAACCUCAUGUGUAGUGAAUUGUAUGUUCAUGCUCUGCUUGUUAAACACACAGAUGACCUUGUUUGGCUCAUUUAACAUCUGAGAGGUGUAAACCAGCCUCGAAAUGGGGUAUUGACCCUGAGCAAACACUCUCAAUCUCAUUAUAUAUAUCCUCCCACUUCUCCGGGACAUCUAAAUCUUCUGCAGGGCCGCCACACCUGUUUGCUUUCAUUUUCCCUCAAACUUAAGCCUCAUCCUCCCUUUUUUCCCUCUGUAAAUCAUACAGUUGUGGAGCCAGAGUGUGACAAAAGCUCAGCUACAACAUAUUUCUGGUACCGUCAGACUCUGAACACCACCAGCACUAUAGCAGAGAGCGGCGGCCUCAACAUCAAAAUGACCUUGUCUCUGCUGGUGGCCUGGAUUAUUGUGUGCCUCGCUGUCAUCAGAGGAAUCGCCUCCUCUGGGAAGGUACAGAGACGAGUGACGAAAUUAUAGGAAAAUAUAAGGCGUAAAGAACCCUGAGCUAAGUGUUUGUUUUCUGUUUUUACUUCUUCAGGUGAUGUACUUCAGCUCUCUUUUCCCCUAUGUUGUCCUGUUCUGUUUCCUGGUCCGAGGUUUGAUGCUGAAGGGAUCAGUGGAUGGUAUUGCUCACAUGUUCACUCCCAAGGUGGGGCCAACUUUCUCUUACUCCUUCCUGGGAAAAAAAAUGCUCAUCAGUAAAUUUUGAAUCAAUCAUCUCCCUCUGUCUUAUACAGUUAGAGAAGAUGCUGGAGCCACAGGUAUGGAGGGAAGCAGCCACCCAGGUGUUCUUCGCCCUUGGUCUGGGGUUUGGAGGGGUCAUAGCCUUCUCCAGUUACAACAAGAUCGAUAACAACUGUCACUUUGAUGCCGUGCUCGUCUCCUUUAUCAACUUUCUCACAUCUAUUCUGGCCACACUGGUGGUGUUUGCUGUGCUGGGCUUCAAGGCCAACCUCAUGAAUGAAAAGUGUGUUGUUGAGUAAGUUUGUAUUUUUUCUUCUUACUCUUACCCUUGUGGGAGAAAUUACUUUUGAAAUACUUUUUGGAAAUACUUUUUAGUUAAUAAUUACUUACUUGUCUGUAUAUGUAUUUAUUCUCCCGCUGAGCAAUAGACGGCUAUUAAACGUCUAGUUUUUUUAGACCUAAUUUCAACCGAUUCUGUAUAUUUUUAGAUGAAAUUUUAGACCUGUGGUAGCCUGAUUUUAGACCAGUUGUCUAGGCUACAUCUAGAUGUCUAUUAGACCAAAAAAUGCUGAGUGGGCUUGUUCUGUUCUCUAUAUUGUCAGCUAAUGAGAACUGGAGUAAAUUUUGUUUUUUUGUAUUUGUGUAUCUGCAGAAACGCUGAGAAGAUCCUAGGAUACCUCAACUCUAAUGUCUUGAGUCAUGAUCUCAUCCCUCCACAUGUGAACUUCUCCCAUCUGACCACAUCAGACUAUGCUGAGAUGUAUAGUGUCAUCAAAACAGUAAAGGAGGACAACUUUGCCCAGCUGGGUCUGGACCCGUGUGUCCUGGAGGAUGAACUUAACAAGGUGAGACUUUGUUAGAGUCGGAUCUAUUAUAUUUCUUGAUUAACCAAAGCUGCACUGUGAGUCCGUCACCUGAUUUUGCUCCUCUGUCUGUCUGUCUCUUUUUGCAGGCGGUUCAGGGCACAGGCCUUGCUUUCAUUGCCUUCACAGAAGCCAUGACUCAUUUCCCAGCAUCUCCUUUCUGGUCUGUCAUGUUCUUCUUCAUGCUCAUUAACCUGGGUCUGGGCAGCAUGAUUGGCACCAUGACGGGCAUUACCACACCUGUGCUCGACACGUACAAAGUUCAGAAGGAGCUUUUCACAGGUAAACGGUAACACCUUGCUUCCUGAGCCGGGAUAUUAGUAUUAUUAAGCAAAGUAUCCAAGCACUUUUAGGCAUAGGCUGCAUUAGGCUUCGAAUCAGAGUGUGAUAUUACCCAACACCUACAGGACACAAAUCAGCUUACUGGCAGAAAAAUCCUUUUCAUUUGUCAAUUUUGUCCUUCUUAACAAACUCUUGCUCAAUUCUCAUCUUUCCAUACGGCUAAUUCUUGUCUGGUUUUAUUGCAGUGGGUUGCUGCAUUGUGGCCUUCCUCUGCGGCCUGUUGUUUGUUCAGCGCUCGGGGAAUUACUUUGUCACCAUGUUUGAUGAUUACUCCGCCGGGCUUCCUCUCACAGUUGUGGUCAUUCUGGAGAACCUGUCUGUAGCUUGGGUUUAUGGCACAAAAAGGUAAAACUGUCUGUGCGUGUGGCUUCAGUUUAUCAAGCUAAAAUGUUGAUGAACCCGAGGAGGAAUGAGAGUUAGAUGAGAAUAAAACUUUACAAAGGGAUACCAUCAUAAUCUGAUUUUGUUUUGUUGCUGCUCUGUGUCCUCCAGGUUUAUGCAAGAUCUAGAGGACAUGUUGGGUUUCAGACCAUGUAAGAUUUAUUUCUACCUGUGGAAGUACGUCUCCCCUCUGUGUCUCAUUGUACUCAUCUCAGCCACCAUCAUAGAGAUGGCCAUCAGCCCACCAGGGUACAACGCAUGGGUCGAGGAGCUGGUCAGUUUAAGUUUGCAUAUAUUUUACCUUUGGGAUCUUAAGAUUUUAGACUUUCAAGUUGACUUAAAGAUUUUAUGUCAAAAUUGGCCAGUGUCUGUUUGUCUGUGAUUUAGUUGGUAUUUUAGGCUGUAGUCCAUGUGAUGUAGUUUUAAUUCAAAUGUUUGCAAUGAAAAUGGUACUGUUUUAUUACUUAUGUUAUAAGUUCAACAUCUUCCCAACUUCUUUAUCCUCUUUUAAAAUUUCCUUGGGCUCUAUUUUCGUGCCUCGCCGGAGACGUGCCGCAGGCGCGGCGUAAGUCAGGUCAGCCGUGCUGACUCAAACAGCGUAUCUACUGGGUGUAAUUUUUUUUUUUUUGUAGGAUGGUAGAGUAAGGUCCCGCCCUCCUUCGCCUCUGAUUGGCUAGAGUGCCGAUUGGUUAUUACUUAUGGAUGUGAAACGUCAUUGACUGUCAGGUUAGGGUUAAGGUUUUGGUUAGGAUUAGGGUUAGGAGAUUUAGAAUUGCGAUAAUGUUCUGUAAUGCUCUGUUCGAUGUACAGAGCCGACAGCCCGGGUUUGGCUUGCGCGUGUGAUGACGUUUCCAGCUUUUCUAGCCAAUCAGAGGCGACGGAGGCAGGACUUUCCCCUACCAUUCUUCAAAAAAAAAAAAUUGCUCCUCGGGUGAGCUACACAAUCUUCGUACGCCCAUAGACUGUAUCAAAUGUCAGUCAUAGAAAACAUGAACCCCCUAAUAACUUUUAAAAACGGAGCUGAACAGAAAAAGACAAGACUUGAGCACAAAUCAGUCUUACUGUAACUACACUAAAUUAACUAACUAAGACAACUAAAUUAUGUUCUGUGUCAUAAAUUUCCAAAAUUUAUAAGCUUUGCUGGCAAAGGUGGGAUUUAUGACCUAUACUGCAGUCCGUCAACAGAGGGUGCUGUUCUCAGAGUGGCUUCACCCAGCAAGGAGGCAGACGGUGUCCAUUCUAUAUACAGUUUAUGGUUGUUAGCUGUUGUUAGCCGUUGUCAGCGGUUGUUCAUUGUUGUUAGCUAUACUAGUUGUAAACAACGCAGAACACAGUAUUUUACUCUUACAAACACCAUAGCACCAUGUUCACAGCUAGGCGUUAGGCAGCACAACAUAUACUACUUAGCUUUCACUGUUACUCUGUUACUUACACUGUUACUGGGAUAUGGCGUUGUCGUUAAGUCGGGGUUGAUGAGGAUCGUUUGACCUCCAAGUUGGAAAUCUGACUUCAGGGGGGUGUUCCAGAUGAACUUCCGGCUCGAAGCUCGGAAAUCCCAACUUCUGAGUACAACUGGGACGCAGCAAAAGUUCUUAGUAGACAACAUGCCUUUUUAUCCACCCAUUUCAGGCAAAAGUAUCAGUUACAUAAAUUAUAAGAACCUAACAUUUAUUUCACAGGCGUCAGAUUGCUACCUCUUCAUGAAACAUAUAAUAAUUGAACCCUACUUUGUGUGUGCAGGCUCAGGAACGCUUCCAGAGCUACCCUCCUUGGGCACUGGUCAUGUGUUUCGCUCUCAUAAUAGUGGCCAUGCUUCCUCUGCCCAUCGUCUUCAUCGCCCGUCGCUUUAACCUGAUAUCAGAUGGUUCUAACAAGCUGUCUGUUUCCUACCGUAAAAGCAUGAUGAAGGAUAUUUCUAACCUGGAGGAGCAGGACGAGUCCAGGUUCAUCCUUGGUGCGAAGCCCGGUGAGGCGCCAUCUUCAGGGGCGUCACGUAAAUCUUAUCUGACCCCAGCAGGGAACAAACCCCAACUGGACCCAAACUCCCUGUCUCCAAUCAGCUGCUACGGUACAGGCUACCAGAACGCGGCCAUCAGCCCAACUACACCGAGUACACCGACCACACCUGUUACACCUGAGUCUGACUCUUGACUGCUGUCCAAAUCCCCUUCUGACAUCCAGUUCUGUAGCACAGUUUACCUUUAAGCCAAAAUGUCUCACCAGGGGUCCCUGCAGUGCAGACUACUCCCUCCACUGCCCACCAUAUCUUGAAGCUAUAUUUUCACCUGUCCAAUCACACGCUUUCCAAAGUUAUAUCAUUAACCACCUGCAGCAGGAGAAAAGAGUUCAUUUCUAUCGGUAAGUCAAACACUGAAAUCAGGGUGAGAUUCUCAUUGACACACUGUGCAUCUGUAUCUAUACUGUAUUUACCAUCACAGGGUUUAUGAGCUUAAGAUUAAGUAUAGUGUUCUGCUUCCUAUGCCUUAGUUUAAGGAUCCUCGGCAAACAAAACUCACUGUUAACUGCACAUCCCUGCCACGGUGCGGGGGAUCUGAACGAAUGAAUGUAGAGCAGCUGGUCAUGCUGUACUGGUUUAAUUAGUUUUCACUCAGAAUACUGAACAAAGAUUUGUGGUGGUUAAUCAGUGGUUUGAAGUGUGUGUCAAGGCCAUGAGGUCUAACAUAAAGUAACUUUCCUUAUAUCAUGCAGUGAUUUCUGUGAGUUCACCCUUAUCUGAUGGCAGAAAGAGUGGAAGAUUUAUUUUUCACAGGGCUAUCUAUGCUGAGACAUAUUUAAGGCUGCUUUAAAGACGUCAGUCAAUGUCCAUUCCCCGUCUGUGUGAAGCCAGUAUUGUUGUUCUUUCAUUACCAGCAGGAUGCAGUAUAAUGUCAUGAUAUAUAGUGCACAUAAUGAUGGAGACGUCACUCAUUUCAGUUUUACCACCGAAGAGAAGGGUUCACAUUCAAACACUUGAAAUCUUCAUGUCUAUGUAAACACAAGACUGAGAGCAGAGAGCACAGCUUGGUCAUGUCAAACUGAAAAUAAAUACCAGUUUCUCGCUACCAAAGCACAUACCAAGGUUGUGAGAAAAUUACAGUGCACAAGUCGGAAAUACCCCGACCACUGACUCAUAUAUUUUAAAGAUUUAAGCACAUUUAAUUCAGAAUAAAGGCUGCUUUUAAAUAUAGGCAAGCAAUACUUUUUCACUUUGGAGCACAAACUUGACUGCACAAAUAGUUUUCUUCAGAUCUAGAAAAAAAAUUGCAUGAACUAAGCAAUGGACCAAAAGAUUUGUGAAAGUUAUUUCAUAUUUUUUUAAAAAUCCAAAUUAUGCCAUUUUCAAUGCUUCACCAAAAAUUCAAACCUUCCUAUUAAGAAGCAGCUCAGACACAUGCACUACGAAUAAAUACUCACUUGGCUUUCCAUACAUGCACACUUUCUCAAAGUAUUUGUGACAUAUUAUAAACCUCGUAAAAUGUUGUCAUGGCAGAAAGACAACGUUACAUCGCUGUAUGGGUUCAUUGUUAUGAAGGUUGAAAAUAUCUGACUGAACCAUCUGAACCAGCUGUGGGUCUGGACUGGCAGAGUUCAGAUGAAUGUCUUCCUUGAGCUUGUUUUCUUUUUGCACACACUGAUAUUAAAUAGUAAUGCAAAAUUGUCUAUGAGUUCAGACUGAGCACAUUCAAGUUCCUGUUACAUGGAAGAGGAUACCUUUAUUUAUUUUUUUAAUCACAGUAUUCAAAGCCAUGGUGUUAUGGAUAAAUGGACUAUAUUUAUACUCCUGUAUAUCUGCAGUGUCUGUUGGUGUGAUGAAAAACAAAGAUUUAUCUUUCAAAAGUGGCCAGUAUAUGUAUAUUGUAUAUUUUCAUCUUGUGUGAUACUUAUUUAAAUUGUAUAUUUUAGGAUCUUAUAGCCUAUAUUUUGUAGUUUAAGUAGCUCAUUCUUGUUGUUGGGUGUAAAAAUGCUGCUGGGAGCUGUUGUGUGAUGUGAAGUCUAGUACGGGCUGCAGCUGACUUCUUCUGGCUGUGCCUGGGGUUGGACUCACCUGUCUCUGCGUAUGGUUUACUGGUCUGCUUGUUUUUAGCCACACUAGCAACAACUUGAGAAACCAUAAACCAUUAACCAUCGAUCCAAUGUUGUGCUGCAUUUCAAGUCAGCCUCAGCCAUCUGGUGGCUUCUCAGACAACAGGCUAUCAUACUUAAUCUUAUGAACAGUAGCCUUUAAAUUGUACUAAAGCACACUAUAGUUUAGUACAAAGAUAAGCGUAUACAGAUACUGCAAAAGAUACAUGGGAUAUCAGCAAGUUAACACAACUGAUAAGUACCUAGUGUGCUGCGAAGAUUUCCUACAAUUUUAGGAGAACCUAAAAGAAAUAAACAGUUCUCUGUAAAUUAGCUUAGCUUCAAAACUUAAACUGGUGUGAAUAUUGUCCUUGAUUAAUGUGUUAGUGUCACACUCAGCUGUUGUUCUGUUUGCUGAGUAAUCAUCUCAGAAUUACAACUUUAAGAGUGGCCUGAUUGUUCUUUCGAUUCAGCCACUUGUUUGAGUCAUAUGGCUUAAAUUAUGAGACAUAAAUGCAGCAAGAACUCAGCUUAGCAUCAGUACAUUUCAAGGAUUUAAGACGAAGCAUCAAAUAAAGAAAUCAUCCAAACACACUUUUAUGCAUUCAGAGUAGACGUGCAAAUUUUGACUAAGGUGCACUUCUGGAUCAUUUUUCACUUUUGAGGCUGUUGUUCUGCAAUCGUAAGUGUUGACUUCAUCUAAAAAAGUAAGAUCAAGUUCCUGUUGUCUAUUUCAUAUAGGCAUUUCACAACUUAUGUAUGCACUGUGGUCUUUCAUUAGUGUUUGUAUGCCAUCACAUGGCUUUAAAACUUGACAAAAGUCUCUACUUACUGUAUUUUCCUGAAAGAAAAAUACUACACUGAGGAUAAGAUCCUUUUCAAUCAAAGUGAUCUCAUAGCAAACUUUGAAAUUGUUCCCACACUAGUGAAAAAUCUACAAACAUUGACACUGUCUUCUUUUUUCUGAGGUGCUAGUGUGGCUAUGAACGUCUAAGCCUUGUUUCAUGUAAUGUUUCCUGUUUUGUCUACUCUAUGUAAGCCAGGCACUUCCUGCAGAGAGUGCACUGUUUAGAGACCUCUUUGUUGUCCAAAUCUGUACAUAAUCUUGUGUAGAUAAACUAUUCUGAUGGAAAUUUUACCCUUGUGAGUUAUAGCAAUGUCAAAAAAGGAAAAGAAAAAAAAGCUGACUUAGCAGUAAGUGUGACAUAUGUAUGUAUCAUGAAUGUGAUUGAUGCACUUUUCACUAGGACAGCAAAAACUGUUAGCAUUGUUUUGUUGUUCUCAUAGAAGUUAAACUCAAGCUCUGUUUAAAAGCAAUACAACUUAUUCAACUUUAAGAUAACUGAGGCCCACAGAAGCUUGACACGUCGUCAGUUCAAAGCAAUGAUUAGAAACUGCCCCUCCUAGCCAAAGGGACAUUACAACUCAUCUAACCAAGUGCUGGAGACAGUGUAUGUAUGUAAAUAAAAUGAAUUGUGUGUGUGUGUGUGGGUGGAUGAGUGCAUGUGUAUUAUACUCCUUGUUCUUACCUGUGGAUGCAGGGCCUUACUGAGCACACAUUACAUGCACUGUCUAUACAGGAGACACGUUUAGAGACGUUCCUUUGUAGCCAAUCAGUCUGUCUUUCCUCUGUGAUAGUAUUAUUGUAUGAAAUCGACUAGUUGUAAAAAAAAUUGUGAACAUCACCAAAAUAAAUUAAUAAUAAUGAGUGGAUAAGCU